CUUGACCAUUAUUUACUGGGGCAAAUCGCGAAUGCAUUCAGAUCUGCAGGUAUGCGUGUUUAUGCACACUGCACAGCCCGUGGUCGACUAUAUGGGAUCGGGAAAUGACGAACACGAUGCAUGGUCGCUUUAAGGUCCUGUUCGCCGUCUUGGCCACCGUAGCCACCGCAUCUGCCUCCCACCUUGGACUCGGUCUUGGCCUCAUCAGCCCAUAUGCCCUGAGUCCAGUUGGACCAUCUGGAGUGGUUACUGGAGCAGGUGCUGCAGGACCUUCUGGAGUAGUGACCGGUGCCGGAGCUUCAGGACCUUCGGGGAUUGUGACUGGACACGGAGCAGUAGGACCAACUGGGCCUAACGGACAUGGCAUCAUCGCUCCAUUAGGAUUGGGACUUGGCUUGGGACAUGCUGGACUCUGGGGUCUACAUGGUUAGAUUAAAUUGUGUGUUGUAUGAAUGAACUGAUGUACCUUCUAGAAUAAAGACGGCUUUAGUUUACAAUCCAUUAGUUGACUUUCAAACACUGCCUCAGGACCCCUGAAAGCAAGA